AUGGAUGCGCAGGCCAAGACUCGCGCCAGGGCGGCAGUUCUGGGCGCCUUUGUGGCGGACGCCGCCACCACACCACUCCACUGGAUCUACGACCUGGAGAAGGUAAAGGCUCUGCUUGAGAGCAAGAGUAAGCUAGCGCAGCCCGAGUUCUAUCCAGAGCCGUCCUGCCCCUUCUACACCUACCCAGUGGGAGCGCUGUCGCCCUAUGGGGACGAGGCAUACGCGGUGCUGCAGUACGGCGCCGCCCACGCCGACUUCGACGGCCCCGGCCUGGCGCAGCACCUGGUUUCUUUCUUCAAGUCCUACACCGGCCGCCUCAACGGCACCGCCAAGCACCUGGUGGAGAAGUGGGAGGCUGGCGAGCGCUUCCCCGCUGCGGCCGCCGACGACAGCCAGGCGCACGCCAUUGUCAAGCUGGCAGCCCGUGUGGAGGAAGUGGUACGGUCUCAGCAGAACAACGACACGGCUGUGGCUGUGGGCCAGGCAGCCGCCGCCAUCCUGGAGCGAGUGGUGGUGCAGGGCUGCGGCGUGAAGGAGGCGGUCAGCUGGGCGCUGCAGCCUGGCAGCGUGCCGGAUGGUGUGCAGCAGCAGCUGUCGGCUCACCUCACCGACACACAGCCCAGCCUGAAUGAGAUGGUGUGGGAGGUGACCAAGGUGCCGCACUGCGGGCUGCCGGGCGCCUUCGUCAACGCCCUCUACUGCGCCGCCACCUCAGACGGGUAUGUGGACGGCGUGCGGCGCAACCUGGCGGCAGCCGGCGACAACUGCUCCCGCACGCUGUAUGGCAGCGCGCUGUGGGCGGCCGCGGAAGGCGAGGGCGCCAUUCCAGAGGCUUGGAAGGAGCAGGUGCCGCUCUAUGCGGAGCUGGAGAGGCUGACGGAUGAGCUCCUGAGCCACCGGGAGGCCUGA